AUGAGUUCUGCCGAAGGUUAUGUAAUGUCAGAAAAUGUGUUCCAUAAUAUUUUCAAGUACGUAGAUUUAAUAACAAUUGCAAAAUUACGAAAAGUGAGCUCCAGUUGGAGAAACUUCAUCGAAAACGAGUUCAGAUUAUGGCAAAAAUUCGUUUGUACAAGCGAUGUAAUAAAACCAUGGAGAUACCAAUUGAUCCAAGCAAAGUACCCGUCAAUACCUUGUAGUGAUUACGAUAACUUGAGCAAUGAACAAUAUAAAGAAGUGUUUGUUUCAUACAUCAACUGGCGGAGAGUUAAUAAUUAUACUCACUCUCAAGUUGCUUUUCAAAAUAAUGAAUUUUUCGGUAACUCCAAUAAUGCAAUCACUCUUAUUGAUACGUGGGCGAAUUACAUUGCGUUUUUCGGUGGAAACGAAAAUUCCGUGGUAUUAUUUGAUAUCAAUACUGGUGAAUCGUUGAUGAAUCUUGUACAGUUUAAUUCUGAAUCAUUUCCUUCCGAAAACAGCGAUGAAAUUUCCCAGAAUGUUCAAUUUAGUAUAAGGCGGCUUAGAAUUUUUAAACCUGCAACCGAUAGGUUAACUUUCUGCAUAGAAACUGACUCAGCAGUAUUUUUCUGGGAUGUUAAUCAAAAAAUACCUAUACCAACUCCUGAAAUACUGCGGGAAAAUCCAAGAAAACGGCCUAUUGAUAUAAGCCGAGGUUUCAAUAGCGAUUUAUAUGUAACUUUAUAUAGUCUUCAUAGAAUUGAUAUUGUAAGAUGUAAAUUUGAUAUUAACUCGCAAAGUAUUGUUGCGCAAAAGAUAAUUAUCGUUAACCCACCGGGAAAUUUGAAUUAUCCUGUUUUCAAAGAUAUUUUCUUCCAGAAAACAACAAUUUUAAUGAUAUACAGAUAUAUCAAAUCAUCAUACCUUAUGCAAGUUAACAUUCCAGAAAAUUUGGAGGAUCCUAUCGAAAUAAAUGGGAAUGACAAAAAGUAUAUUAAAACGCUUUUCAAUAGUCUAGAUCGACCUGAUUUUUUGUACGGGAUAUCUAUCACGAAUUUUGAUACCGUACUGGCUUACUAUCCUACAGAAUCACGACUGGAUAUUUCAUUAAAGAUCAAAUCAUCUGGUACAAAUCAUUACAAUUUUACCGAAAAAUCAUAUGUUUUGCCAUCAGAAUUUGGAAAAAUUAUCGACUUAUUCUUUUACAUGAAUAAUUUAUACUUAUUAACCGAGAAAGAUCUGCUCAUAAUUUAUAAGCUGAAAAAUAUAAAACACUUAAUCCAUCUCCAAUUCAACAAUCUGCAACCAAAAGUGAUCAAUGUAUCUGGCUUAAGAAUGCUAAAUGCUUUGUUAGCCACUGAAAGUAAUAACAAACCUUUUAUUAUUGUCUCGGAGUACGGAAAAACAAAAUUACAAGCCUUACAUGUUAAUUAA